AAGGAACAGUAAGGACAGCUGCCCAUCAACGAAUCAGAUGACGUGGGCCACUCCCAGGACAGACACAAAGUGCUAAAACUACUCAAGAGGAAAGACAUCUGACAGACCUGUGACAAGGGCAGAGGUUACAUGAGCAGCUCUCAGUCUACCCUCAGAAAAUUCAUCAUCUUGCAUCAGGAAACAGUCUUUGGAGAAUCAGCCCCUUCAGCUGAAAGGACGGCCCCUGAGCAGCACCAGCCUCCAGAGCCCGCGGCAGACCAGGACCUCUCCCCUACAACCGCUCUUCCCAGCCCGUCUUGGCUCACAACAGCACGUCUCUCAAAGCCAAGAGAUGCCUAAGGAGCAGCAUGAGGUGGCCAUGAUGGGGGCACCCCACAGCUCAGCUUCUAUGACCACCACCAUCAACAUGCCCAGAGAGGUCUCCCUGCCUGACCACGUGGUCUGGUCUCUGUUCAACGCACUCUUCAUGAACUUCUGCUGCCUGGGUAUCGCUGCCCAUGCUUACUCCGUGAAGGUACGUGUGACGGACGUGGUGGGCGACGUGACUGGGGCGCAGGCCCAUGCCUCCACCGCCAAGUGCCUGAGCAUCAGCGCCCUGGUCUUCCGCGUCCUCACAGCUGUUAUCUUCAUCAUUAGGACCACCAGCUCCGUGCUAGCCAUGGGAGCUGUUGCCCAGUAG